AUGCCAGGGUCAUCAGAUAUUAACUCUAACGAGGAAAAUUUGGUGGGAAGCUAUGACAUAGAAUCUGACCCAAGUGAAGAAGUGGAGAUGCCUAUAGAAUACUAUGAAUCUGAGCCUGAGCUUGACCCUGAACCUGAUCCUGAGAUUGAGCCUGAACCUGAGUCUGAGCCUGAAUCUGACCCUGAAGAGAUUGCACCAAUAAAUAACCCAAAUGAGAUAAUUGUGAUCGAGUCAGACACUGAAGAGGAGAUGCCAGGGUCAUCAGAUAUUAACUCUAACGAGGAAAAUUCGGUGGAAAACUAUGACAUAGAAUCUGACCCAAGUGAAGAAGUGGAGAUGCCUAUAAAAUACUAUGAAUCUGAUCCUGAGCUUGACCUUGAACCUGAUCCUGAGCUUGAGCCUGAACCUGAGUCUGAGCCUGAAUCUGACCCUGAAGAGAUUGCACCCAUAAACAACCCAAAUGAGAUAAUUGUGAUCGAGUCAGACACUGAAGAGGAGUCUAUAGAAGGCAAUACUGACUAG